UUGUAAUUAUUUUUGAGAGACAGAGAGUGAGUGGGGGAAGGGCGGAGAGAGAGGGAGAUACAGAAUCCAAAAGCAGGCUCCAGGAGUGCCAUCAGCACAGAGCCCAACGUGGGGCUUGAACUCAUGUACCAGGAUCACCACCUGAGCUGAAGUUGGACGCUCAACUGACUGAGCCACCCAGGCGCCCCAAGCUAGGUUAUUUCUAAACUGAUGUUUGAAAGCUGGUUUUUAAGACCGUAAUAAGGCUGGUGCGUCCUUCAGAACUAACUGUAGUUGGCCCCGGGUCUGGUUGUUACAUGGCUGUCUUGUGGCGGGUUGAGAACAGGCCAGGUCCUGAUCCUUGUGUCGUCCAGUCUUGUUCCCAGACAUUUACUGGCAUCCACAUGGGGCUGGGCCUGGAGCCCGGGGCUGGAGUGUGGAGCCAGAGCCCCCUGAGCUGGAGGACAUGCUGCCGUGCUGUCUAUAGAGAUGCACGUGUCCACAGUGUCUCCCGCUGACCAGUGAGGAAGGACCCUGGGAAUGCAGGUCUUGCCUGAGGUGUUCCGGCCCCAAGAGGACGCAGGGAGGCUGUACUGCAUGGAGGCACCAAGGCUACAGUGGCUUCUUCACCUGGUCACUCCAGUGGCUGCCAACCCUGAAAUUGAAAGACUUUCUGAGAAGUUAGAAGAAAAAGAGAAGGAGAAGCAGCAGCUGAUGAGCCAGCCGGAGCAUGAGCGAGAGAAGGAAGUUGCCCUGCUGCGGCAGAGCGUGGCAGAGAAGGAACGAGCCCGGGCUGCCAGCGACAUUCUGUGCCGCUCCUUGGCCGAUGAGACCCAUCAGCUGCGGAGGACUCUGGCCGCCACUGCCCACAUGUGCCAGCAUCUGGCCAAGUGUCUGGAUGAACGACAGCGCACACAGGGGGACUUGAGGGAGAAAAGUCCUGAGCCAGAGCGUACAGGCGGGGACACCUGUGUCCGGGAUGUUAUCGAGAAGUUACAGGAAGAAAAUCGACUGUUGAGACAGAAGGUGACCCAUGUAGAAGACCUUAACGCCAAGUGGCAGCGCUACGAUGCCAGCAGGGAUGAGUAUGUGAGGGGGCUCCACGCGCAGCUUCAGGGGCUACAGGCCCCCCGUGAGCCCGAGAGACCCUCCCCUCCUGAGCUGAUGAGGAAGGAGAUCUCCAGGCUCAACAGGCAGCUGGAGGAGAAGAUAAAUGACUGUGUGGAAGUGAAGGAGGAGCUGACGGCUGUGAGGAGGGCCCGAGAUGCGGCGCUGGAGCGGGUGCAGAUGCUGGAGCAGCAGAUUCUUGCUUACAAGGAUGAUUUCACCUCGGAAAGGGCCGAUCGAGAGCGUGCUCAGGGGAGGAUUCAAGAGCUGGAGGAGCAGGUGGCCGCCUUGCGGCACCAGGCGUCCCGGAGGCAGGACUGCCGAGAGCGGGGCUCCUGCCGGACGCACACGGGGAGCAAAACCCCCAAGUACUUAGAGACCGGUGUCUUGGAGCCUGUGGCACCCAGUGGCCGGAAGGCUGGGACUGGAUCUCAGGGGCCGGACUUCUCCGCAGAGGGCAGGUGUCCUGGAGCAACGACCCGGAGAGGGCAGGGGGAGCUUCAGUGCCCUCACUGCCUGCAGCACUUCGACGACGAGCAAGGCGAGGAGCUCUUCAGGCAUGUGGCCGAGUGCUGCCAGUGAGGCCCUGAGGCUGGAGCUACCUGUGACUCUGCUGCUUCUGAGGGGGCUCGGCCCUGGGCAGGGGCGAGAUCCCCUGAGACCCAGGACCCAGCACAGGUCGAGGGGGUUUCUGAUCCUUCACCUUGGUCAUCCUUGGGCGGUGGAACAGACCAAGUUGGAGGGAACUUCUCGUGCGGCGUCUGCCUCUGGGAGGGCCUGGCUUGGCUUCUGGUAUGGAGUGCGCCCCUCCCUGCCCCCCCGCCGGCCGGCCGGCUGUCGGGUCAAGACCAGGAGCAGGGGGCGCACGAACGCUCACAGGCAACACGACAGCCCCAGUCAGCCUGCGCCUGGGCCGCUGCAGCUCGCUGGGAAGAGGUGGCUGCCUGCAGGGACCACGUGUGUGGGCCCCCGGUUCUGUUGAGUCGGGACCAGGUUUGUAGACUGAGCCCUGUGGCAACACCUCGCACACGAGGACUAUUCUCGGCCACCGCAGAGACACGUGUCCUCACUGAAAUGCACUGCACUAGCGUUUGCCACAUAUCUCAAAGACAAAAGACAUUUCACAUUUACUUAUUUUUAUAAUAAAUACACUUGCUAUGGGGA